CCUCCUCCUCGCCGCACGACCGCUUUCCUUUCCUCUUCCAUCUCUCGCCGUUGCGGGCUCGCUGUCGCUCACAGCUUGUCUCUGCUACCUCACCCUUGCCUCUCGCCGUCACUCGCAGCCUGGUCGUGGGCUCGCCGUCUGGUCGCGGGCUCGCCGUCACUCGCACCUCGUCUCUGCUCCCUCGCCCUCACCUCCCGCCGUCACUUGCAGCCUCGUCGAGGGCUCGCCCGCACCUCGUCUCUACUCCCUCGCCCUCACCUCUCGCCGUCACUCGUAGCCUCGUUGCAAGCUCGCCAUCGCUCGCAGCUCGUCUUUGCUCCCUCGCCCUCGCCUCCUCCCUCCAUCUUCUGGACACGCGUGUCAAAACGUAUUUGACCACGUGUCGGAUUUUCCGACACGCAUUAACCAUGUGUCCGACUGGAGAAAAUAUUGGGUACCCUAACAGUGCCACGUCAUCGGUGCUCUGAACGAUUCAUUGCGCGACACGUGUCCCGGUGUCAGUCCACGUCGUCCACUUCUCCAUUUCGAACCAGCGCGCGGGAGCUUCUCUCUCUCCUCUCUCCCUGGCCCACCUCUCUGCACCUUCUGACGCUCUGCUCUCCUCUCUCCUCUCUUUCUCUCUCCCCGUUCUCCGUUCCGUUGCGGGGAGGGAGAACAAAAUUGCGACGGUUCAGAGGAAAACAUAAAGUCCCCUCUGCUCUCUCUCUCUCCCCCCUUCGACGGCCCUCCACCUCCGCCUCCGCCGGUUGCCUCCGUCGCCCCUGACGCCGACGCCGACGCUGACACCGACGCAGCCUACGCCUCCCUCUCGUGACCUCUUGUCGGUUUUAUCUCUCUUUCGUCCUCAAAGGCGCGCCUCUCUGCCAGCAAACCACGACGCCGACGCCCCUCCGCCGGUCGCCUCCAUUGCCUCCAACUCCGACCCCGACUUCUCCGCCUUCGCCUCCCCCUACGCGGCCGACGCCGACGCCGACGCCGAUGCCCCUUCGCCUCCCUCUCGCGACCUGCACUCUGCUCUCUCCCUCUUUUCUCUGCGCAGUGCCCUUACUAGCCAACCCCAACACCGACGUGCUCUCGCGUUUUGGCCUCCCUCUCCGUGAGCGAAGGUCGCUCUACUCGCUCUUUCUCUCUUUCCUCCACGAAGCGCCUCCUGCUCCUGAACGCAGACGCCCCCGACGCCAUCGCCUCCCGUCGUCGCCUUCGCAAGCCCCAUCGAUAGGCGGUCCAUUGGCGACUCCCGUACGUCCAAAGGCCAUCAGCCUCAAGCUUCCGAUGGGAGAGCUUCUGCAGUACCCAGAUUGGGAAAGGCUGAUGGCGUGCAUUAUACUAACAAGGCAAAACCCUCUCAAGCAUGGGGAAGAAGGGACAUGAUGGAGAAGAACCCUGGGAAGAAGAAGAUGCUUCUAUAUCUGAGCAACGACCAGAGCAACAACUUGAGGAGUCUUUUGAGCAAUCUGAUGCUCACUUCUAGGGGAAUAUGGGGAAGGGCAGAGCCGAGGCUGAGUCCGGGGAAGAGGACGUAGAGGAGGCCAAUACCAUCAGAAUAAUCGGGGAAAUCAUUUGGGGGCUCUUCUUUAAACAGUCUCACCAGUAAUGAGAAUGCAAUUGUGGCGAAGCAGCCUCUGGGACCUCGCAUGCCAGAUGGAACAAGAGGAUUCGCGAUGGGUUGUGGGAAGUGAGUCUCAGUUAAGUACCACAUGACCACGUCAUGUGAUAUCAUCAUCUCUGGGAAGCAGCCUCUCUUGGAAGUAUUUCUUUGGAUUAACUGUGCACCUUAGAAAUUUACAUGCUUUUACUCCUGCGUCUUUGCUGUCAUUUAAUGAAUGCGAGCAUUGUGAUAGGUUACAUAAGCACAUCAAAAAACGAUGGUCGUGGAUGUUUAACAUUGAGAUGUCCUUAUCCAUCUUGUGGUUCUGUAGUCGGUCAAGACAUGAUAAAUCUAUUAGCGCCUAAAGAAGAUAAGAAAAAGUAUUCUCAAUAUCUUCUUCGCUCGUACAUUGAAGACAAUAGAAAGACCAAGUGGUGUCCUGCCCCUGGUUGUGAAUACGCUGUAGAAUAUUUUGCUGGCCGUGAAGGAUACGAUGUUUCCUGCCAAUGCUCUUUCAACUUUUGCUGGAAUUGUACAGAGGACCGUUCAGUAGAAUGUGGCACUGUGGCACAGUGGAUCAUGAAGAACAGUGCUGAAUCUGAAAACAUGAACUAUGUGACCAGAAACUACUUUGAGAACCUCGUGAGAGCAUUGGAGAAUGGGCUAUCAGAUGUGGAUUCCCAUGGUGGUUGCAGCAGGGCAGCGAGCUCUAAGAAUGGAGGGAGCAGCAAGCCAAGCAGAGGUGGUGGAAGGGGAAAAGGAACUGCCGGCACUCGAGUUGGUUCCAGCCGAACCGAUGACCCGUCUCACUGGUCCUGCAAUCAUUGCACGUAUGCUAAUGUUAAAUCUGCAACCACUUGCCAGAUUUCCUAGCAUUGCCGAUGAGGGCAGUGACAGGAAAAUCUACAAAGAAGGAUGGUUUUCACCAGAAACACGACUUUCAUGGACAAGGAACUAGUUCAAGCGCAUGGGCAGUGUCCUAUAAGGGGAUUAUUGGUAUGAACUGUUGAAGUUCGCAGUGACAAAUCAAUUAUUAGGAGGCUCAACUGUUGGUGUGGUGUGCUGACUGAUUAAAGCACGAGCAGCAACAGCUUCUGGCUUUGUUUAUUGUUGUUGUGUGUUGAUGGUGGCAGCCUAUAAUGCCGGCCCAUGUAUAUAGGCUGUAGGGUUUCAUCCUUAGUACCGUACUACUUCGGCAAAGAGAAAGAAAUAGUGACUGUCACCAAUCAUUUAAUAUUUCAUGUAUUUGCUGCUGGAAGAGGCAAAUGUACUCCAUUUGUCUUAUAUUUCGCAUAUUACUUUGUCUAUUGGAGUUCAUCUAACCCUUUUUUUGAAAGGAAUUA